GCAGGAAGAAGAUGUCUAUUCUGUUGAGAUUGAUUUUUCUUUCUAUUUUAUUACCUACUUUAUGCACUGAUAGUUCCUAUAAGGCAACGGAUGUCCCAGCUGCUUGAUAUCGCUGCUGCGUUAGGCUCCAGCCCAGCCCAGUCAGUGUUAUCCUGCUCAACAGAGACAGACAGGCACCCUCCCUCACUAACACCGCUAUCGCCACACUGGUAUGGCAUGUGACGUCGGCGAAAAUUACGGCCACAACUCCGAUUCCUGUCCCGAGAUCAAAAACACCAGUUGACGUUAUAAACGGGUCACGUACACAAUUGCUAGUAUUGCAUGUCUUGCUGCAGAGCGUCAUCGCCAUCAAGCUCUUUAUUUUCUGUAGCAGAUACACUACGCCCUGUACUGUGCAGCUAAGCCCCACUGAACGCACUGUUGCUUAUGCACACUGUAGCCGGCACUCGCCUCGCCUGGUGCAGACAAGCUGGCGCCUGUAGCUUGCUUCCAUGGCCCGCUAAAAGAGUUCCCUGCAGCUCGCCAGUCCAACCAACCACAGCCAUGAAAAGGCGGGCGCCCAAAUCCGGUUUGAUGACAACCUCAUAAAUCUCAAAGAGCAGCAAUACUCCGCAUCGCGCCCCAGGGCAGUUCCCUUGCGUGUCUGUUUCGCAUCACAAUAUAAAGACGACCGUACACCAUAUGCCUUUUUGCUACUGACCAGGCUCAAUGGCUGCGCCGUUGCGCUCUUCCUUGCGCGCCUCAAGCAAAGUGUCGUCAUCGACACAUUGCCCGCAUCGCUGCCUUUUAUCUAGCAACAGCAAAGCCCGCGCCCGCGUACAGCAUCUUACAAAGCAAGAGAUACAGUCUACAGAGCAAUCAAUAUCAUCAGAUCACUCCCACCGCCACGGCCCCUCAUCACAGCCAAGCUCAGCAUGGUUCGCAGCGACCGAUCCAUUGGCAAUUGGCUUCCACAGUGAACGCCCUCGCGACCCCAACAAGGCCAAGCUAGGAAAGACACUUCGCCUUCUCCAAGAUCGACUGCCAACUCUACUACAAUCCCCCCUGCCGCAAGAUGUCCUCUCUCCCAAUAUAUCGCUACAGCUAUUCCCUUCUACACACCCGCAUCUUCCAACCGUAUCCGGACGAGUUGCUUACAAUGCUGCGCUCUGGACGUCGCCGAUAGCCUGGAACCGCGUCCCGAUCAUCGGCAACGUCAAGCUUGAAAUUCUCGCUGAGCGUAUGACAUCGGAGCCGCUUACAUUCCUACCCCGCCACCCUGAUGCCAUACCAGAUCAGCUUGUUGUAAGGUGGUGCGAGAAACGGCGUGGUCCAGAGCUAUCAUCGUCCGGUAGCGGUAUUGCACGCACUUUGGGACUUGCUCGGGGCGUCGACCCAAACAAGGCGUUUACCGGCCUCUUCAUCUUCGACUUUGACAGCGAAGGCCGAAUCUUGACUCACACAAUUGAGCAGGUACAAGAGAGCGGUAACUGGGAGAAGGGCGUGGGCGCCAAGUUUGUAGGCCUGACAGACUGGCUGCUUGGUGGCAUGCGUGAACCAGGCGGCAGCUCCAUUCCCGCAUUUGCACGACAGCAACGAAGCAAAUGUUAAGCUGAACUCCAUGGCGUUUCGGUCUUAUUUCUUUUAUUCAUUGGAUUGCGUUUUGACUCGCACUCUCCUUUUGUAUCAUGAUAUCAACUCACCUCUAGCGCCCUCACAAAUGUUACAUACCUAGGGCAUCCUGUACCAUAGCCUCAUAAUAUAUCCCACUAGUGACAACUUACAAACCAUCACAUGC